UCCUUACCCGCGCCGGUUGCCCCGCGUCCGUCCGCAGGAAAAACCAAAAGGCAAGCAAAGCAAGCAGCGCCGCGCAGCAAGAUUCCUCGCCUCCUCGAGGUCGGGCCUUUCUCUGCUCGCCGUCACCGUCUGGUACCAGCGGGGGCGGGCGGGCCGACUGACGGGCGAGGGAGAUGGGCGAUGAUGCCCGCGGCGGCGGCGGUGGCGGGGCGACCGCCGAGCCGCUGCUGAAGAGGGCGCGGUACCGCCCCAACUGCCCCGGGUGCAGGGUGGACAGGAGGAAGGAGGAGAGGGAGGGGCUCCCCGUCACGGAGCUCUGCUGCAUGUGGCUCGUCACCAUCUGCUCCUCGUUGCCUAUACAGUACGUGUUUCCCUUCUUGUAUUUUAUGAUAAGAGACCUGAACAUUGCUAAAGAAGAAGAAGAUAUUGGAUUUUAUGCUGGUUUUGUUGGUGCUUCAUAUAUGCUUGGGAGAGCACUCACCUCUGUAAUAUGGGGAGUUGUGGCUGAUAAGUAUGGGAGGAAACCAGUUCUUCUAAUUACCCUUUUUUCAGUAAUUAUCUUCAAUACACUCUUUGGACUCAGCUCUAGUUACUGGAUGGCAUUAACCACAAGAGGUCUGCUUGGGCUGUUGUCUGGUAUGCUUGGACCAAUGAAGGCUUAUGCUUCAGAAGUAUGUCGGAAAGAACACAGUCACCUGGCAUUAUCACUCAUGUCCUCCUCACGUGGCAUAGGUCUUAUUGUUGGACCAGCCAUUGGUGGUUAUCUUGCACAGCCUGCAGAUAAAUAUCCAGGCAUAUUCUCUGUCAACUCCAUAUUUGGAAGGUUUCCGUACUUUCUCCCUUGUCUUUGUAUAUCACUCCUUGCCAUUGCCGCUGUAAUUGCUUGCUUCUGGCUUCCGGAAACUUUGCAUAAACACACUGAAGACACAAUGUUAAAUAGUUCGACUGAAGCUGUUGAAGAACCUUGUUCUGAUUUAAAUGCUGAACAAAGUGGUAGUGACUGUCUCAGUUUAUUCACAAACUGGCCAUUGAUGUCCACUAUCACUGUAUACUGCAUUUUCUCUCUCCAGGACAUGGCUUAUGCAGAGGUAUUUUCGCUUUGGGCUGUCAGUGACAGAAAAUAUGGUGGACUAAGCUUUUCUUCUCAAGAUGUGGGUAGGGUCCUUUCAAUCUCAGGUCUCUUACUCCUAAUAUAUCAAAUUUUGAUCUAUCCAUUGGUUGCAAACUCUAUAGACCCCAUCACAUUAGUCCGUGCAAUUGCGCUAUUGACAAUACCACUUCUUUCGAGCUAUCCAUUCAUGCCUGCAUUAUCAGGGUCCAUUCUUCAGUUGGCACUAAAUUGUGCGUCUUUUCUGAAGAACUCUUUCUCAGUAACUACCAUGACUGUGUUCAACAUUUUAAUGAAUGAUGCUGUGAGUCAGGACCUAAGAGCCUCAGCCAAUGGCCUUUCUGUAACACUAAUGUCCAUCUUUAAAACUAUCGCUCCAGCUGUUGCAGGAGUUAUAUUCUCAUGGGCUCAGAGGCGUCAAACAGCUCCAUUUCUUCCAGGCGACCACUUGGUGUUCUUUAUGCUGAAUGUGUUCACGGUUAUCGGUCUUAUGCUCACCUUCAGACCGUUCUACGCUAGAAAUGGCACGUCGAAUCAUUAAUGUAGUGACACCAUACAUUAGGACCUGGACAAGGACCAAGAUCUAACAGUUUGGCUCUUCGCUAUUUUAGCGACACGAUCUUCCAUAUUACGGGUUCUUUCUUGAAGUGCCUGCACUUCAUUAGUUACCAACAAUUUUCGUGGUCAGUUGACCAAGUAGGUUAUCAUGAGACUUUGAGAUAUUGGUAUAGGUUUUGCUCUACUUGGUUUGAGCAGUCAUAAAAGCGUUGAGGGUUUCUUCAACUGAAGGUCUAUUACCUGUGCUUGUCCUAUAAUUAUUUGAUGCUCCUUGGUUGGUUGGUUAUGGUGGUUUAGGAUAAUUAUUUGAAGCAUAAUUUUGGUUCCUCAAAUUGGGGUUGUAAUUAUUAUGAGCUAUGAGGAUAACAUUUACCUCUUCUUUACCUUUGAUCAUGCCAAUCAGUUCAUCGAUUUUUUGGCGGUUAGUGCUUCAUCCUUCUCUUCAGAGAUGGAGUUCACCUUCUUCGUGGUAGACCUUUCAAAGGGAAAGAAGAGGUAAGUGUUAACCUCAUAGCUCAUAAUGGCAUGGUUUUCUUGCAUCUCAUGGAGCAACCUUUUUGUUUCCGUAAUUGGUCUUCCCAUGAUGGUUUCUCCUGCAGCAGUGUCUAGCAUACUUCUGGACAGGGGGAUACGAACAUUAUAAAAUAAAUGAAGAAUCAAUCAUUCUUCCAUCCCAUGAUUCGGACAAUUCUUAUUGCCUUUUUCAUCCUAUCCCAAGCAAGCACUAGUGGCUCACGAUAUUCCUGCUUAAAACCUAUAAUGUUAAGAGUGUAAUUGCAUAAUCUUAGCAUGUGGGAAAACUUUGUCAUAAACAUGCUGCAACACAAGUUUCAUGAGGUAAUGGUUCCUUUAGGCAAGGCUAGAAGUCAUUUCUUAGUGUUUACUCUUAAAGAAACAGGAAAAGGAUGCAACUUCAAUGCGUCAGGCUCAUAAUCUUUUGUACGUGUCAUAUCACAUAAUUCAGUGAAAGUAUGUAAAUGCAUGUUGAUAUCUUCAGAUGCGGAGCCAUCGAAUUGGUUCCAUUGAACCAUGGUGACCAAGUGUUGUUUAAUCUCAAAUUGCUCGGCAGCAAUAUCAGGUAAAGCGAUAGGAGCGCACAUAAAUUUCUCAUCGGGAGUUGCAAAGUUCCUAAGUUUCUUUGCCGUGACAAAUUUCGGGUUUAAGAAAAAUAAACAAAAGACAAAAACUAACUAAAACUGAAACAAAAAACUGAAAUAAUACCUUUAGUCACCUGGCUAGGGUAGCGAUGAUGAUUCCCGGCAACAACGCAGAAAAUGGUUGAUUACCUUUGACCCGGCUAUGGAUGUAGAUAGUGUUCACCUCUUUCCCCAAGGAUGACCUUGGGUAUCGAACCCACGAGGAAUUCUGCUAUUAGGCAAGGAUUCAAGCAAGCUAUCAUUCUUGAAAGAAAUUUCAGUUCUUAGACCGAAAAAAUAGUAGUUGUGAUUAAAACA